AUGACACUUCCUACCCUUCCAGACGAACUUAAAUUUAUCAAUGGCUUCCUUCAAAGAGCUCAAGAGUUACGAAAUAGAGAGCCUGUUAUAGCUUAUUAUUGUAAUUUUUAUUCUGUAAAACUCGCUCUCGAAAGAGGAACAAAGAGUAAAGAAAGUAAAGCGUUUCUUGCUAGAUUGCUGGACGUCCUUGAAGAGGAAAAAAAAGCACUUCAUGAUAAUGAGGCUGCCGUGAACAAUCUUGUUGGUGAAGCAUAUGUGGAGAAUUUCGGUUUGAAGGUAUUCAUGAAUGCAGAUAACGAAGACAGGGCGGGAAAAGCCACAAAAAAAACUGCCAAAAACUUCUUGGCAGCUGCUGUUUUUUUAGAACUUCUCAAAGUAUUUGGACCACUUAACUCAGAAAUCGAAGAAAAAAUCAGAUAUGCAAAAUGGAAAGCGACUGAUAUAGUCAAAGCGUUGAAAGAAGGACAAGUUCCGACACCAGGUCCUCCUGGAGGUGAACCUGCUUUACAACAGCCACCAAGAGAGGACUACGUUAAUCCAUCUGACAACUUCCCUAGUGUUGACCAAUUCCCUUCGGCACCUCUAGUGGUUGACUCUCCAUCAGGAUCUCAUAUAGAAGAAAAUGGCCGACAGCCAAUGCCAGGGUUUACUAAUGACUCUUUACAUCCAUCGGGAUCUCAUAUAGAAGAAAAUGGUCGACAACCAAUACCAGGGUUUACUAAUGACUCUUUACGAUUAUCAGGAUCUCUUAUGGAAGAAAGUGGUCGACAACUAAUACCCGGAUUAACUAAUGACUCCUUACGUCCAUCAGGAUCUCAUAUGGAAGAAAGUAGUCGACAACCAAUACCCGGGUUUACCAAUGACUCAUUACGUCAUCAACCUUCUCCCUCAUUUCCUAGUAACCCUCCUCCACUUCCCCCAUCAAUACCUGGCUAUACUAAUGACACCUUACGUCAUCAACCUCCUUCAUCAUUUUCUAGUAAUCCUCCUCCUCCACCACUUCCCCCAUCAAUACCUGGGUUUACUAAUGACACUUUACAUCAUCAACCUCCUUCCUCAUUCCCCGGUAACCCUCCUCCACGUCCUCAAAAUUAUGCCCAGCCUUAUAGCUCUCCAACUUACCAACCAACGACACCGAGCUCAUUACCUACCAAUCCACAGCAUGUUCGUCCUUACACUCAACUCGCACAUCAUUUCACUGAAAUUGAUCCUAAUAUCGUAGCUACUGCUCAGAAACAUUGUAAAUGGGCCAUUAGUGCGCUAAAUUACAACGAUAUUCCAACUGCUAUCGAAAAUAUGCGCAAGGCAUUGGCAAUGUUAGAGCCUUAUAAUCACUGA